AAGGGAACGUCCGAAAGCGGCUGCUUUUGCUCGUAAUUCGACGUACGAUCGCAUGUGCCUUUGGAGUUUAGAUAACGCACUAGAUUUACGGUAGUUGAAUUAAAUUUUUUCGAUGGAGAAAAUGUCGAGGAAUUCCUGCACGCUGGCCGUGCUGCUGAUGAUAAUCGGGGCCCGAUGCGGCGAAAUCGAUUGGGAUUUGGCGAUAGCGGUGGAAAACGAAAUAAAAUUGUUGGAUUCCAACGGAUCGGAAAUCAAUUCGCAAUCCCAGCCGUUUUCGUCGCUGAAGGCUUUAGUUUACGACGGUAUCAGAGACCAAUUCAUCGUGAGCGAUACCGAUGGAAAUUUGAAAUACGAUACCAUAUUCACCGUUCGUUUCAACAAAGAGACUGACACCACUGUACCGAUCAUCCGAGAUCUUCCAGGCGAUAUACAGGGUAUGAGCGUCGAUCCAUUAGAAGACGUAUUGUAUUGGACGGACUUGGCUAAUCGAACAAUCAAUUACGUUAAUUUAAAUGGGAAUAAUUACGAAUCUAAUGAAUAUUUAAGGUUCAAUGACAAAUUUCCGCACGCCAUUACGGUCGAUGUUUGUAACCGUUAUAUUUACUACACGAAUCCAUCGGCUGAGAGACCUACAAUCGAACGAAUGAAACUAGACAAAACAGGCCACGAAGUUCUAGUCUCAGAUACCAUCAUGUCGCCCGUAGGUCUUACAGUAUCCCACAAAGACCAACGUCUCUAUUGGGCUGACAGUCGAAUAGGAGCAGAAGCCGGUCGGAUAGAAAGCAUCGCUUUAGACGGCAGCGACAGGAAAUUGGUAGUAGAACGAACCGCCAUGGUACCCUUCGGUCUAGCGGUCGACGACGAGGCCAUUUACUGGACAGACACCGUCAACAAAGCGCUGUACAAAUUCCCCAAAUCCACCAACAAUCCUUACGCAGAACCCCAGAAAAUCGCCGCCUUCUCCGGCAUCCCCAUGGGCUUGGCCUCGAAGCAUUACAUGUACCACGACGAUUGCAGGAAUCUCACGGCCAUCAUCAAGGAGUACCAAGAGAAUCAAAUCGCCAAAAACGAUGGGAAUCGCCGUGGGGAUUCUAAUUGCUUGAACGGUUUCAUCGUCAACGGAACGUUCUGUCAAUGUCAGCGCGGUUUCGUCGGGAAACGAUGCGAAAUGUCGCUCUGCGAUUUCGAUUAUUGCUUGAACGGACAUUGCUACUUCAGCACAGCAGGAAAGCCGGUGUGCAAUUGCAGGAGCGGAUUUUUCGGUGCUCGAUGCGAGAAGAGCAUUUGCGACCGGUACUGCUUGAACGAGGGCAAGUGCGAGACGCCGCCUGGCGGCGACGGGCCGAAAUGUAGUUGCAUCGAAGGGUUCUUCGGUGAUCGGUGCGAACACGACGAGCGAAUUUGCGACGAUUAUUGCGAUUCGAAAUCGAAGGGAGGUUAUUCGGAUAAGCUGGAAGGUUUGUGCAGGUGCAACGCGAUUUCGGCGGGCAACAACAGCAUGGCGUUGAAAUCGGUUUCGCAAGAAAAAAAGGACUUUCUAUCGAAGCUCGACGAUCCGGUGGUGUAUUUGUCGUUCGGGCUCAUACUAAGCCUAAUAAUUAUAAUAGCCCUGUCGAUUUACAUUCGACACGUGAAGAAAAUUCGGCCUAGAAUAAAGAAGCGCAUCAUAGUGAACAAAAACGUCACUCCGUUGACUUAUAGACCUCAAGCGAACACGGAACAAUGCGAAAUAACCAUCGAGAAUUGCUGUAACAUGAACGUAUGCGAAACGCCGUGUUUCGAGCCCAGAGAGGACAAGAAGACCCUACUGAAGAACAUGGAAGGCGACGACUUGUACUAGAACAAAUCGAUGGAACAUCGGCUGUGACUGUAAAAAAAAAGUAUUAGCGAAUCGUUGUUAAGUUUGAAUAUUUAUAUUUGUUGCAAUCGUACGAUUACGACUGAUCGGGUCGUCAUUCCCAUUGUAAAAAAAGAAUCUUCGUUUUUAUCUAAUUAGACUCGGAUAUUUCUUAUUCGAUUACCACGAAAUUUGCUACUUAUUAAAGAAAUAUUCCGGCCUAAUUGGAGCUUUCGAUGAUUUCAUGAGAUGCCUUUCGGUGUAGCGAAUCAAAUAGUACUUAAAUUUAAUGAAUGGGGGCGCAUUUGAUCGUUUUUUUAAAUCGAAACCAAAGCUUUUUUAAUACAAUGUACAACCAGCAAGACUUCCGAAAUAAUUCGAGUAAUUGUUUGUGCAACAUCAUGCAUUUGUGCUCGUUUCACUGCCUUUUAUAAAUGACACUACUGUACGUAUAUGGUCUGAUAAUUCUUGUCAUUUUGUUUUUAUUGAAUGCGUUAGAUUAAUGGGAUUUAUAAAGGAAGUUUUGGUUGCGUUAUCGCCUCGUUUGUAAUAAAUUAGAGCCUCUGCGAGUAAUUCUGUUAUAAGAAAUUUCUUUCGUUUGCAGACAGCUCUAGUUUAGCUCUUAAUUUUUGAGUAUAACAAUAUUUUAAUUGUUGAUGUUUUUGAUUUUAAAAGGUAUUGAGGAGAAACGGAUAUAGGUAAUUUCGAACCAAAUUGUAGCUCAUCUUUGGUUGUAACAGAUAGAUGAUUUUUUUUUUGAUUUAAUAGCAUAGAGUUUAUUUGUUUUUUAGUUACAAAGGGUUGUGAGAAAUGUAGUUAAAUGAAUUCGUAUCCCGACGUUCCUUCACAAGGCUAUUCAUCACACUUACUUUAAAAAACAUUUGUAAAAUACAGGGUGUUUCUGAAAUAAGUGGUCAAACUUUGGUAGCAAGUAGAUUAGAGAAUGUAGAAUGCUCCAGAAUCAUUUAGAACUACCUAGAACCAUUAAGAACGCCCCAGAAACAUUAGAACUGUCUAGAAUCAUUUA